AUGAUAGUUUCAAGAUUAUUCAAUAAGCUUUCUUGUCAAAACUAUUUUAAGCAAGUUAGAAACUUUAAUUUAAGAUAAACCAAUUUCUAAAGCAAAUAGCUAACAACAAGCAUUUAUUCCAAUUUCGCUACUUCAGAUGAUAAAAAGAUUUCUUUUUUCUUUGUGAAUAAGGAUGGAAAAUAGGUUGAAGUAAAGGCAAAAGAAGGAGAGAAUAUUUUAGAGAUAGCGCAUGAAAAUGAAAUUGAUUUAGAAGGAGCUUGCGAAAUGUCAUUAGCAUGCUCCACAUGCCAUGUAAUUUUAGAGGAUAACAUUUACAAUAAUAUUGAUCCUCCAACCAUGGAAGAAGAGGAUUUAUUGGAUUUAGCAUAUGGCUUAACAGAUACUAGCAGACUUGGAUGUCAAGUCAAAGUUUCUAAAUAAUUUUAAGGAACUAAAAUUACUCUUCCAAAAGCUACAAGAAACUUUUAUGUUGAUGGCCAUAAACCCAAGCCUCAUUGA